AUGGCAGAUGCGAAGGAAACAAUCUUCCUCGUCAUCUUCUUCUUCUUCUCCAGCUCCACCUACACUCCACCACCACCAACAACAACACACACAAAUUCAACAUUCUCCGUCUCCGCUCGCCUCCGCUCGACACGCCUCUCCUCGGCUUCUCCUCGUUCGCUGCCCUAUCGUCCGCGCGAUCAUCUUGAGAGUCUAUUCCUCAAGCACGGAUACCCCACUCCCGUCUCUCUCUCCUCCUUGCGAGACUUAACGGCCACUUCAUCCGCUUAUAACCCACCUUCCCCCUCCCUUUCGCCUUCUCCACCCCCUCGUCGUUACCGUCCGCACUACUCCCGACGCUCCGAUCCCCCAAUAGACGCCUUUGAGUCUCUAUCUCUAUCCUCUUCGUCAACUCGUCCCAUUCCAAUCCCCCGCCGCCGAGGUUCACUCUACGAGGACGAUCUCCCCGUCACCCCGCUCACUGGCCGUUUCGAUAAACACUCCUACUUCGAAGAUUGGGAGCGUGCCUCGUCAUCCGCAAAGUCCAGACAGCUCUCUACUUCCCGAUCAGGUUAUCGUUCUCGAUAUCCAAGAAUGAGAUCCGAUCAUUCACCCUUCGUCUCACCAGUUGGCUCCCCUGUCAUGUCUCCACGACGCCCCAGCUCCCCACAGCCCUCGCGCUCUCGCACUCAAAAUCCCGCCAAGUCCAUGCCAGGUUUUCAUCUCGGCAACCUGCCUCGCUUCCACCCCGCCGUCUAUCAGUCUUCUCCUUCCGGCCACAACGUUGUCGGUCAGCCUCCGUCCCCUCGCCAAACGCGGCAACACAACUACCGGCCCUCAACAAGUUCCCGCGAUAUGAAAUGGCAAUAUCGUGAUCUUCUUGACGGCUCCCACCAGAGCCCUGACGCUCCCCGUCUUGACCCUCUCCUCAGCCCGGGUCCCGUCACGCCCUUGGCUCUUGAAGCCAAUGACUACCUCGCAGCCGGGUCCUCCGGUGCAGCAGACCAACGCACCCCUCGAGAAAAUUCAAAGCCACAGUCCGGACCUACACCGGAUAUGAUUGAUAAACUGAUCGCCCGCGAGAAUGAAAAGGCUCGUAAACGCAAAGCGGCCUUCAGUCGGUGA